UGUAACUUCCCCAAAAUUUCCAACCGGAAGUGGACUUUCACUGACAGUUCCACGUCAGUUUUGACAUAUUUUUUUCAGAUAAUAGCCGUUUAGGCUUUUAAUUCAGGCGUUUAAAAAUGGAGAACUUGUACCACCAAACCAAUAGACAAAUCCAAGAAGUCCAAGCUUCUCUCGGAAACUUAGAAAGAGCAAGAGGCGAAGAUGCAAAUGCUCUUGAGCAUCACACAAAUGGAAAAAUUGAUGUGAUUAUCAAAAACUGUGAAAGACUUGAUGUUUUAGUAAACAAAGAACAACCAACAAGACGGGCUAAUGCUAAACUAAGAGUGGACCAAUUAAAAUAUGAUUGUCAACAUUUACAGGCGGCUUUACGUCAGAUACAACACAGAAGAUAUCAAAGAGAUGAUGAAGAAAGACAAAGGGAAGCCUUACUGACGCGGAGUUUCACAACCAAUGACCAAGGUGAUACAUCAAUCGCAAUGGAUGCUGGACUACAACAUCAUACUAAACUUAGAGAUUCUCAUCGAGGCAUGGACAAUCUUCUAGAUCAUGGACAAAGUGUGUUAGAAAAUUUACGUGAACAGAGAAUGACUUUGAAAGGUGCACACAAACGUAUUUUAGACAUUGCAAACAAACUUGGCCUUACAAACACAGUCAUGAGACUUAUAGAAAAGAGAACUUAUCAAGAUAAAUUUAUUUUAUUUGGUGGAAUGAUAGUGUCAUUAGUUAUAAUGUUUUUGUUAUGGAAGUAUUUUACAUAGAUUUUAGGAACAUUUUUAUUUUAGGCUUAUUGGUGGGUUUUUUUCAUCAGCCAAAUUGCCAGAAACAAGACAGAUUUAGUAUUAUGUAUAAGUCAGUUGAAAGAAAUUCAUGCCUAUAAGGUUAUCAUUUACAUUUUACACAUGAGAAGGUCUGACCAAUGAUUGAAGCUUACAUUUUUUGUUUGUUUGUUCAACUCUUAUUAGAUUCAUUAAUUGUCCAAGCCUCAUUUUUCUUAAGAAAACACUCCUAAUUCAUUAUAAAAGAAAUACAUGAUGUAUGUUGAGUUCAGAUAGAAUUGCUGUACAAAGAUAAGCACAUACAUGUACUUGUACUUUUCUCUAGUUAUAAAAUGUACUGAAAAAAACAACAACUGGUAAACGAUAUACAAGGUAACUUAAACUUACUGUUGGACUUGCCUUCGAAAAUCCUAACAUGGUGAAAUAUCUGUGAAAAUGUGUAUAUUUAUUUUCAACAUGGGAGAUAAUUAAUAUUGGACAUGGGAGAUAAUCUGAACAGUCUCUUACAUUUUGUGUGGAUGUCACUUGUGUAUGAUGAAGUAUAUGCCUGCCUCAUAUGAAAAUUAAUAUAUAUUUAUGACUUUUAUGUUUUAUCUCGGAAAAUAAAUGAAGAAUCAUUUGUAUCACAGUACAUGUACACACAAGAUAGACACUGUUUGUUAUGGUGAAUUUCUUAGUAAAUGCUGGUCAUUCUCUCAAAAAAAUGUAUCUGAUUCACACCCAAAUAUCUCAAAAUGUAUUUCUGUAUUUCUGUAUGAUUUUUUAGUUUUAUGUUACAAAUGUAUAGAGAUGGAAAUGAAAUGGGUGCAAAUUGCACUCACUAGAAAAAUGAUUCAUUACAUGUAAAUAAUAAAAAUUGUUAAGUUUCAAGUUUAGUCACUCAAUUUAUAUAUUGUAACUCGUAACUUUUUGAUGAAUUAAUCAUGUAGAAAAAAAUGUUUUACAAAUGUACAAUUUUAAAAAGAAAGAAAGAUAACUCCUACUCUCCAAAUCAAAAUAUACAAUUUGCCUGAAUGUGUUCCAAAGCUUUUUUAAAUACAAUAAAAUGUACAAUUCAAUGUUAAAAGUUUACAUUGUAAUAUGAAAGCAAUCUUAUUCUCUAAAGGACUUUGUAUAUUUAUUACAUAUACAUUAUACAAGUACAUGUAGAGUAUUUCCUGUUAUCCAUUAAUUUGAUGUGUUUGAGCUUUUGAUUUUGUUAUUUGAUAAGGAACAUUUUGAAUUUAAUUUUCUGUGGAGUUCUGUAUUUUUGUUACUUUAUCUUUUAGGUGGUACCUAACAGUACAGGGAGAUAACUCUGUAAAAUCAGCUAAUUAUUGAAAUUUUCAUAUUUUUGUCAAAGGGUCAAAGUAAAUACUUUGUCAAAAUUUUAUGAAAAUUAAACGAGCCAAAUUAAUUUUAGUGAAGGUGUUGGGUACCACCUUUAGUCCCUUUAAUUGCCUUUACUACAUAAUUGAAAGUUAUUGAAAAAUGUUUACUUCAUUAGAACACAAUAAUUAGAAAAUCAUAAUUUACUAUUGAUAGGAAAAAGUAGGCAACACAAUUGUACUAGAAGUUUUGUGUGUCAUGGUGCAAUAUUUUUUUUUUAUCUCAGAAUACAUAUUUAAUUGUGUGAAGACUCAAUUCCAGUAAGUUCACACUUUUAAAAGUGUAUCCUACAUUCCAAAUAUACAUGUUUCAUUCAUGCCAUGUUUAAAACAGCAUUAUAUUUAAUAAAUGUUCAAUAUUGUUUCA